GAUAUAUGUUUUGUAUUUGAUUUUAUAUUGUUUAUUGGUUUUAAUAAAUGAACUUGAACUUGAACAUCUUUUCAAGGAAAUUACCCACAUGCAUUGUUGUGCACUUUGAGGUCAGCAUUGCAAUUAUCUAUUCUGUAGUUGAGUGCAGGUGCUUGUAGACUGUAAUGAAUUCGGGGAUGCAUCAUUUGUAUAAUAUUAGAGUCCCCAGUUCUGUGAUACCAAAAACAGGAAAAAUCAAAAUAGAAUUUCCUGGAAAACACAAUGUUUCAGGCCCAUCAAAAUUGAAUUCUGAAAAAUACAAUGAAAAUCAAAGCAAAUCCAAUAUUACAAAACCAUGAUGCAUUGAUCAGUGAAAACGCUGCCCGUCAAACCGGUUUUGGACGAUGUGACUGAGAAACACAGAAUCUUAAUACUAAAACACAGAAGAGUUUUUAUUUGAGAAAACAGAAAACUUGGGACUGUAAUAUUAUACCAAUAAGCAUCAAGGAAAAAUUAUCAUCUAUUUGGUGAUGAAUGCCUUUUGUCUCCCUUCAAUAAACCUGUAGUUCAUUUUCUUUUUAUCUUGUAUUUCCAGGAGGGAGCUGUGACCUUCAGGUCAUCAAAGAAACGUAGGCACCGGCAUAAGAGACCCAUCCAGAGAAUGAAAUCCCUUGAUCAGGAGAGCAUGAGAACUUACAAAAAGACUCAUCAACACUCAACAACAAGUGACAUGGCAUUGAUGGCAAGUAGGAACAGCCUCAUGAGUAGUGGCUUGAUUCCUGUCAAUGUGAAUUUCAACAUAAGUGCACUGAUUCAUCCUUCCCUCAUCAACAGAGAGGACAGUAUUCCAGUCAAGCGGAAAAAGAAAAUGUCACUGUCAUCGGAUUAUGAGGCAAUUUCAGAUGAUGAGUUUACAGAUGUGCCUACUCUCAAGGAAAGGAGGACAACGUCUGCAUGUAGUUCUCCCCAAAAUGAGGAGAUUUACACCAUAUCCGACAGCUCUGGAGACAAUGAUGGUACAAAUGAGAGAACUAGGAGGUCGCCGAAGCUCAACUCGAGCGACUCUGAUGUGAUUUGUUUAGAUUCUGAUUUGGAUCAAAAUAAUGCAAGUUUGCAGAAAGAUCUCCAGCCUAUCCCCGUUGACUCUAUGAGUGAUUUGUCUGAUCAUCAUGCUGGUCAUGAACACUAUUCAGAUUCAGAGAUUGACUGUGAUGAUGCGAUCGUUUGUGAACAAGCAAAUCUUACCCAUGGAGUGUCAGUGAGCAAUGGCUCAGAUCAUUUUAGAAUUCAAGAUGAUGGUGAUGACGAUGCUGAACAAUCAGAUUCCAGCGACUUACCGGAGUAUCCGAUACUUGAGGAAGUGGUACCUUUAUACACAACUGUGCCGACAUCCAGCAAUGCCAAUGAGCUGUAUUUGAAUACACAGACUGUGGAGAGUCAUGAAGCAACUGAGCAAAGACCUGUCAAGAGAGAACAUGUACCUUCCCCUGAAAGAGCACCGCUACCAGUACAACCUUUAUCCGUUUCAGAUGAUGAUCGAUCAAGACAUUCUUCAGGAGAAGUGGCUGAAAAUGAGGAACAAGUAACAGAUGCCUGCUGGGGAUCUUUCUUGUUAGCUCCAGAGGAUACAAAAGCCAGUGAUCUUUCUGUAAGAAAAUAUAAACACAUGCAUAAGAGAACUAAGCCCUUUAGUGAUGAUAAAUGCAAUGCAGUAAAUGCCUGUCAUGAGGAGGAAUUCACGCAGGCAGCACUAAACUUGAUAGAAAAGUUCACAACAAUAAACCAUAAACCACCACCGCAUCUUCUUCAAGAACUCUUCCAUGAGACCUUAAGAAAGGGCAAAAGUAAUGCAGAAGCUUUGAUAGUGUACAGGUGCCUCAAAAAGAUACAGCAGCUACAUCAUCCAAAUGCAAGGGAUUUUCCCAUUGAGUGGGAUCUCGUCAGAACUGUCGCAACGGCGCUAGUCAGUGUACCAUCAAACGGUGAUCUAAAUGAUAGUGUUUUAGCUGUCAAUAGUUGGCACAUAGACCUGCUGUCUCUACACUACCUUGUGUCCAUUCUUGAGGAUGAUCUAGAGCGCAAGGCAAGGUGGAACACACUGAAGAAGUCCUAUGCCUUCUCAAUCCUCAAUCCGGACACUUGUAGGAACAAUUGUCAAGAAGUUGUCAGGUGGAUCCAUAAGGUAGUUUCUGAAUUGGAACCUUCACCUGGGUGCAGUGCGUCUACAUUCAGGUCAACAGUCCUUAGCUGUCGAUGUCCAGAAAGUACUUGCCAUGUGAGUUAUCUCCUUCCUCUACUUGGGAAGCUCUUGGAAUUAAGCUUCAGAAUGGCAGACUCUUGGACCUUAAAAACACAUUUACAGAGGACUGUUGAGGAACUGAAAAGCUGCGAUCUCAAAGGACUGCCACAGCUGAGACUCCUCUUUGAGACACUCCAGCAGCCAUGGCUGAGACUCAAGCUCAGCGAACUGAUCUUCAACAAGCGAUUUGAAUCCAAUAUCUUCAGUCAGCCAAGAGAGAACAUCUCCAUCACAAGAAUCGUUGAGGAGUACUUCCUCUUCCUGCCAAAAUCACCCUCCUCAAACUUGAACAAUGGGGGAGAUAUGGAAGAUGAGGUGAUGGAGACCAGAUUCAGUAAGAGUAGUAAAGAAGAGAUGGCCUAUCUGCUUCUUGUCAUGCUGCGGAGUUACCUCCAAUGCUGUAGUGGAGGUCAGUCCAAGGAUGAGCUAAGUAAGAAGUCAACAUUUUCCAAGUCCUUGUUGCUUUGGUCAUCUGUGUGCAGGAAACAGCUAUCCAAUGAUGACCAAAUCAGUCUACUCCAGAUAGGUGACUAUGUAGACCAACUUAGAAACCAUCUCAAUUCUUCUUCAGAUGAGACAAGUGUGGUGACUGAGGUGUGUCUAGCACAGAUGGGUCUUCUCUAUGACUGGAUGUAGUAGUCUUUCAUCUCUACCUUCUACAAAGCAGGUCCCGUUGAUGGAGGUCAAAUGGACACGGUCUUCCAGUAAUGAUUCUCCCCAAAAUCAUCUAUUGUAUCCUUGCUACAAAGAAUCUCUAAGAAGUUAUCGAUAAUUACUCAUAGGUUUACAUCGAUUCACCCAUGUAUUUAGACUUUGUUCGAGUUUGUAAUCAAGUACUUUUUAGGGAACAAGUCUUUGAGGAGGUGUUCCAACAGUUUUCCUAAGUGAGAAUCCAAACACAAACACUGUUCCUACAGGAUAGCAUUCAAUCAUGAACCCUGUUCCUGUCUAUUUAAAGCCCAUCCACUGCAUAUCACAGGUCAGUAGGUUUGACCCAGGGAGUACAGGUCAACUUGGGAUGUAUGCAAUACUCAUCAUAGUCUCGGGCAGGUUUGCCUUUACACCAAAUCCAACGCAGUCUCGGGGCACCCCGAGACCGGUCUCAGAACACAUCGCGAGGUGGUCCAAGAUAGGUUUGCUCAGAAGGGGUCUCGGGUAGGUUUUUGUGAUUAGAAACCUGCCCGAGACUACUUAGGAAAUCCGGUGUAACAGGGGUCUAACAAUCUUUGAAAACAUAUGUUUCUAUAUUUAAAAAAUAUGUUGACUUGAACACAGCCUUAAUAGAGUUUUAUGGUUGCUUUGUUCAUGCAGAUGCCAUUCAUUUUUCAGAAAGCCCAUGUUAUCUGAUACUUUGGAUUCCAUGUUUAAUGCACUGUAUCCUAGUAAUAGCAUAGAUGUGAUUACACAAGGUUAUAAGUUGUAUUCACACCUACUAAAUCAGAAAAAAAAAAUGAGAUCGGUAUUCUUCUCUGACCCUCUCUCUCUGAUUAGAUUAGAAUAUAGGCCUACCAUUUACAUGUACCUUGCAAGUGUCAAAGCAAAGUACGCAUACCCCAAUGAAAAUACUCAUUGAUCGGCAUGUGAUUUUCAGAGUAACAAAAGCUUAAAUUACAAGGAUUUCUCAAAGGUAGCAGGGAUAUUUUGCUUUUGGAUAACAAGAACUUUUGAGGUAUUAAAGGCCUGAGGAUAUAAAGGAAUGCAAAAGUCUCUACAAACACUUAUGAAAUAUAGGCCUUUUUGUUACUGUCCAUGCAGGUAUGAAUGUGAUAAUUUGGAGGUGUGAAUUCAUCUUCAUUCUUAGGAUACAAUAUUUUCCUUGUGGGGCAAGUGUGAAUAUACCUACAUGUAAUUUGUACUUUGUCUGCUUUAAUAGCAGCGUGAAAAAACAUGUUUUAUAUUCCAAGGUCAAAUGCAUGCAAUAGAUAAGAUGAGUUGUUUAGUAAAGACAGUUAAAUCUCCAGACAAUAUGGUAAUUU